AUGCCGAACAACUUUGAGAUUACUCCACUGCAUGAUAGAACUCCUCUAAAUGAAGCUACAAUAAAUGGUCAAGAUCAAUUAGUGUUGCAAACAAAUAAAUCUGCAAAAGAAAUCUUUGACGAAAGAUUUAAGGAUUUGAACAAAUGGUCUACCAAAUCUUGUACAAUAUUCAAAGUAAAUGCGGGGCUACGUAGAUCAAAUUCAGAUGCUUAUACUCCACUGUUGAUCUCUAUUGGUCCUUACCAUAAGAAGAAUCCACAGCUUUGUUCAAUGGAAAAUUAUAAACUACGUUACCUACAACGGUUUCUCCAGCGGAAUAAGAAGUUUGAUGUGGAGAGUUACAUUAGGGAAUUGGAGAAACUGAAAGAUGAAGUGCUAAAGUGUUAUGAUGAUAAAGUGGAACUUGGCAGUUAUACUUGCAGCCAAUUUUUGGAAAUGUUAUUGCUUGAUGGUUGUUUUGUGGUUGAGUAUUUGCGGGAGGUUUUCAAAAUUUUUCCAGAAGGAGAAGACAGGAUUAUUAACGCAGAUUGGAUGGUAAAUCUUAUAGAUCGUGAUUUGUUGCUACUAGAAAACCAACUUCCAUUUUUGGUCCUCACCAAGCUUCAUGACAUGACUAAGUAUCCUACAGAAUCAUUUAUUAAAAUGGUAAAAUAUAACUUUUGCGGUAGUUUACCGAGGGUAACUCCUAAAUUCUUAAAUGAAGCUAAUGGUAAUGUCAAAGGAAUCAAACAUUUACUUCAAGUGGUACACAUGUGUGGUACUGGUCGCCCAGAGAAACCUUAUUCUCUAACAUUUGAGUUAGAAUUAGUGCCGAAGGAUGCCAACUUAUGGCACGACCUCAUGAGAAGUGCAACAGAGCUUGAUGAAGCCGGAAUCAACUUCUCAAAAGUUAGUGAAAUUUAUAGAAUGUUGGGCGAAGACAACGAAGGAGACAGCACGAGUUUAUUCGAUAUUAAGUUUGAUUAUAGAAGGAUGAAAAUCCCUUGUUUUGAUUAUGGAAGUGUGAAAAUCCCUUGUUUUAAUCAUGGAAGGAUGAAAAUCCCUUGUUUUGAGGUCGUUAAUGGUACAGAGACAGUCCUGAGGAAUCUAGUAGCUUGCGAGCAACAUUCUUCUGAUGUAUACACUAAAUAUUUCACAGAUUACGUGAUUUUUAUGGAUCGUCUUAUCAACUCAGCUGAAGAUGUGAAGUUGCUACGGUUGAAGGGAAUCAUCAGGAACCGGAUAGGCGACGACAGUGAUGUGGCUAGCAUCUUUAACAAACUUGGCGAUGGAGUCAUCCCUCCUACUAACUUCUAUUACAAAGAAGAAUGCAAAAAUGUGGUUGAGCAUUGUAAUAAAAGAUGGAAUAGAAGGAUGGCAAAUUUGAGGCACAAUUACUUUAAUGGACCUUGGGUGGGACUUUCAACUGCAGCAGCCGUGUUCCUCCUCGUGCUCACGCUUAUGCAAACAGUUCUAACUUUCAUAAGUACUCUCAAGUAGGAAGUUGUUUCCUCACUGUUCCAUUCAAGUAGUUGUGUGUCAAUGUUGGCUCAUCCAAGCUGUUACCCGGUGCCUU